GCAAUAUAUUAUAUCAUGUCUACAGCUACAUAUCCUUCCCAAUCAAGUGAAGUACCAGAGAUGGCCAAGCCUGAAAUUGUUCGCCCCAUAGCGAAUUUUCAACCCAGCAUUUGGGGAGAUCAGUUCAUCAGCUAUGAUUCUCAAGACAUGAAGACUGAGGCCCUUUCGCAACAACAAGUCGAGGAACUGAAAGUGGCAGUGAAGCAUGAGGUAUUUACUAAUGAAGGUGAUUUCGCGCUUCGACUCAAGUUGAUCGAUGCAAUCCAACGCCUUGGCGUGGCAUACCAUUUUCAAGAAGAAAUAGAAGAUGCACUGCAGCACAUUCAUGAUACAUAUCGUGACGAUCCCUGCAAUAAUAGUGACGAUCUCUACACUGUUGCACUAUGGUUUCGGUUGCUGAGGCAACAUGGAUAUGAUAUCUCAUCAGGUAUAUUCAACAAGUUCAAAGAUGCAAAUGGUAGCUUUAAAGAAAGCUUAGUUGCCGAUGGGUCUGCUAUGCUGAGCCUAUACGAAGCUGCACAUCUCAAAGCUCGUGGAGAUGAUAUACUAGAUGAGGCUCUUGUUUUCACCACUACUCACCUGGAGUCCGCAAAAUCCAAUGGAUGCUAUUCAGCACAGAUGACUGAACAAAUAACACAUGCCCUGACAAGACCUCUGCGAAAAACUCUAGACAGGAUAUGCGCAAAGCGUCACAUAUCAAUUUGCCAACGUGAAGAUGAAGCCUCAUCACUCAAACACAACGAAGCUCUACUGAAACUUGCAAAAUUUGAUUUCAAUCUUGUUCAGCUUUUACACAAGAAGGAGUUGUGUGAGAUUACUAGGUGGUGGAAGGAUCUAGAUUUUGAAAGGAGAUUGCCUUUUGCAAGAGAUAGGAAGGUGGAAUUAUUUUUUUGGAUAGUCGGAGUCUAUUUUGAACCACAGUACUCUGUUGGCAGAACCUUCAUGACAAAGGUCUCUAUCCUCCUCACUGUUUUGGAUGAUAUAUAUGAUGCAUAUGGUACAUUUGAAGAACUCGUGAUCUUCACUGAAGCAAUUGACAGGUGGGAUGUCAAAUGCAUAGAUGAACUCCCGGACUAUCUGAAAAUAUUUUAUCAAGAACUCUUGAAUGUUUUCGAUGAAAUGGACAAAGUGUUGUCGAAGGAAGGAAGAUCUUACCGAGUGCGCUACGCAAUACAAGCUAUGAAAGAUCAAGCACGAUCGUAUUUCAACGAGGCCCAAUGGUUGCACGAAGGACGUACUCCGAGCAUGGAGGAGUAUAUGAGUGUUGCAACAGUUUCUAUUAGUUACACUUUUCUAACAACUAUUUCAUUGCUUGGCAUGGGAGAAAUUGUAACGAAGGAAGCAUUUGAGUGGUUGGCUCAUGACCCCAAAAUUGUUAGAGCUUCCAAUAUCAUUUUCAGGCUCAUGGAUGACAUUGUUUCUACCAAGUUUGAGAAAGAGAGGGGGCAUGCACCUUCUAGCAUUGAUUGCUAUAUGAAGCAAUAUGGUGUUUCAGAGCAAGAGGCGAUUGAUGUGUUCAACAAACAAAUUGUGGAGUCAUGGAAGGAUAUAAACGAGGAGUUUCUUAAACCAACGGAUGUGCCAACGCCGGUUCUUUUGCGCGUUCUCAAUUUAACAAGAGUGGCGGAUCUUCUUUACAAGGGAGAAGAUGGAUUCACACGGGUUGGGAAGAUGACCAAAGAUAGUGUUGCUGCAGUUAUUAUCGAUUCAGUGCCACUGUGAUCGAGCUGGUUCAAAGUUACUAGCUUGUUCUCCAUAUACAGUAGUACGUGUAUGGGAGAUUGCUAUAUUUACUUGAUAAGAUGCAACAUCAGUACAGUCAGUACUUGAAUAAUGUCAAGCGACUUUUCGUCAUUUUUGGAAGCUGGUUUGGGGGUCGCAAGUUUGUUCUGAGUAAUUUGCAUUGUUUCUCAAGUUUAAUCG